AUGAGAAAUCUUGGCUUAACAUUCUUGGUCCUCUCUGUCCUAAUCAUGUCGUUGAGCUUGAGCAUUGAUGCUAAAGGCAAAACCUGCAAACCAAGUGGCAAGAUCAAGGGCAAGAAACCACCUAAACACAAAUGCAACCAGGAUCACGGCUCCGACUGCUGUGAAAGUGGCAAGUACUACACCACCUACAAAUGCUCGCCCCCGGUCACUGCCCGGACUAAAGCAGUUCUCACCAUCAAUGGCUUCGGGAAAGGGGAUGACGGUGGAGGGCCGUCAGAGUGUGAUGGAAAGUUCCACUCAGACGACACCCCCAUAGUGGCACUCUCGACGGGGUGGUUCAGCAACAUGAAGAGGUGCUUCCAUAAUAUCACCAUUCAUGGGAAUGGGAGGAGUGUGGGUGCCAUGGUGGUGGAUGAGUGUGAUUCCACUAUGGGGUGCGAUGAUGAGCACGACUAUCAGCCUCCGUGCCCCAACAACAUUGUCGAUGCUUCUAAAGCCGUCUGGAAAGCUCUGGGAGUGCCUGAGGAUGAUUGGGGUGAGAUGGAAAUCAAGUGGUCUGAUGGACGCCUUCAAUCUUGCAACCCGAGCGGAAAAAUCAGAGGAAAGAAACCACCUCCGGGGCAAUGCAACCAGGAAAAUGACUCCGAUUGCUGUAAACAAGGGAAGCUCUAUACCACUUACAAAUGUUCUCCCCCCGUUUCUGGAAGCACGAAAGCAGUUCUCACCAUCAACAGCUUCCAGAAGGGAGGAGACGGAGGCGGCCCAUCAGAGUGUGACAAUCAGUACCACUCUGAUGACACACCAGUCGUCGCGCUAUCAACUGGUUGGUACAGCGGAGGGAGCAGAUGCCUCAACAACGUAACCAUAAGUGGAAAUGGCCGGAGUGUCACAGCAAUGGUGGUGGAUGAGUGUGAUUCCACCAUGGGAUGUGAUGACGAUCACGACUAUCAGCCACCGUGUCCUAACAACAUCGUUGAUGCCUCCAAGGCUGUCUGGAAAGCCUUGGGGGUUCCCGAAGGCGACUGGGGCGACUUGGAUAUCACCUGGUCUGAUGCUUAG